AUAAGAAAAGCCAAAUAAAAUCUCACAUGACUAUAUUGCAACUUAUAAAUUAAGAACAAAGUACAUAAUAAAAGUGAUUAAUAAAUAGUGUUGAAAAACCAAAAUGUACGACUAAAGCCAAUAUGAUGGAGUAACAAAAAAACACCUUGAACUUCCGAUCAAAGCUUACUUUAUAAAAGACAAGUACGAAUUCGGCUAGCGUUUCCCGGCCUACAACAUCUACACACCUUUCUGGAGUUUUUAACAAUGGCGUCCCCGAUUCUAAAAAUCGUAAUCGACAAGGGUCCUCGCAGUGGUAAAGCCGUGGAAUUCAAUUUGAGAUUAAAGCUUCUCAUCGAAUGACUUGUGAAAGGCUAUAAUCUAAGAAUCAAAGAUUCAGGUAUUUCUUCCAAACAUCUUGUAGUUGAAUUUAGUUCAGACACAGUGAAAUAGGUGGUUACUAAUCUCGGUUCUUCAAAUGGUACUUUUUUGAACCCUAAGAGAUAGUGUUUUAAAGAAUGGUAUUGAUUUUAAGGGGGUAGGUCGAGAUGGGUGUGAAAUUGGGGAGAAAUGAUGAGAUUGUGGAACAAAUUGACGGUUUUAGAUACCCUAAUAGGCGAGAUUCAAAUGUCACACAAAGCACAACCACCUAAAUCAUGAAAUUUACUACAGAGCCCAUCUUUGAACCAAAAUCAGCAGUUAUUUGGAAAGAUCCCAUCAGAAAUUAGCCAAAUUAACCAAAAGAAACCACGUUUCUAAAAUGAAUUUUGGGGUUACCAUUUGAUCAAGGUUACCAUUAAUCAAAAUCCAAUAUCAUUUAACCUAGAAAACUUUAAAAAGGGAUUCAAGGUUACCAUCUGAUCAACAAGUACAAGUGCAUAAGCAUAACCAAAGAAAAAGCACAACUUAGCAUUGGAAAUUAAGAUACAGUCGGACUACAAAAUCAAUCAAUUAUUAUAAACAAAAGAUUAAUAAUUUUCUUGAGAUAUCCCUAGAAGGAUGCUUUGAUUCUUCAGCUAUAAUCAGGGGACUCUCCUUAUUUAAAUUACAAAAUCAAUGUUUGUAAUCUGUACAGUAUAUAUAGACUACAAUGACCAUAAAACCAUCUAUGUUGGCACCAAAAAAACUAGGUAAAACAUUGUGAGUGAGUGAUACCUAUUAAAGUAUAUAACAUAUUAAAGGAAUCAAUUCAACCAAAAAUUUAAGCUGAUGGUUGAGCCCCAUAGCAUAUUAUAUGCUCUAACAAUACCGAAUACUGAUGUACUGUGUGUAAGAUUUUGAACAAGGAGUAGCAUCUAAUUAUGUAUAUGUAUUGGAACUUACCUCAAAUUUCUUUGUCUUUCACUCCAUACUUUACUACCAUAACAAACCUCAAAUUCAACCACAAAGCGUAAAUUAUUUUUAGACCUUCCAUUUUUUAGGUGUCACACAAAUCACAAGACAUCUACCAUCUUUUUUUCUUUCUUUUCCCUUUUCCUUAACAGAUUUAUAAAUGCCUAAAAAAGGAAACAAAAUUAAACCAUUCCCUGUCCUAUAAUUUCUAUUUUUUGGCUUUUAGUGCCACCUUGUUACAAGUUAGUUUCCAAGCUGUCAUAUUAACACAAAAGAACAUCAAAUCACUCACUCAACACAACAAGCACACACAACCAAUCCACUCUGUUUCUUCUUUGUUUUCCUUUUCUUCCACUCCAUCCUUCUUUUUAAAUUACCCACCAAAAAAACACAAUUCUUCUCCUUUUCAACUCAAAUAAAUCAAGUUUUCUUACAACAUUGAAGGAAAUAAGAUAUACCCAUUACUCAAAACAUGUCAAAUUCAGUGGGUUUAGAAUUAGAAAAGAAACCAUCACCGGAAAAUGACAUGGAAAGAGGAAAUCCGGUAGAAGGAGUAAAUCCUGUGACAGAAAGAUCAGAUUCUGGAAUUGGGUCAGUGCUUCAAAAAUGGAGAAGACAAGAUCUUCUUAGAAAAGGGUCAUUAGGUUUAAGAAUUUUGGGUUUUAUUUUUUCUUUGCUUUCAUUCAUUAUUAUGGCAAGUAAUAAUCAUGGUAAUGGCAGAAAUUUUGGUGAUUAUGCAGAAUACAGGUACUUAUUGGGUAUUGCAAUAUUAUCAACAAUAUAUACAGGAUUGCAAUGUUUUAGACAUAUUCAUCAAUUAUCUACUGGCAAUGAAAUUGCAACUCUCAAGAAUUCAGCUUUGGUUGAUUUUAUUGGAGAUCAGGUAUUUGCAUACUUAUUACUGUCAUCUGCUUCAUCUGCAAUCCCUCAGACGAACAGAAUGCGAGAGGGAGGAGACAAUAUUUUCACAGAUUCAUCAGCAGCCGCGAUUAGCAUGUCUGUCCUGGCUUUCAUUGCACUCGCUUGUUCGUCCAUCAUUGCUGGCUUUAAGAUCUCUACUCAAUCGUCCAUAUAAUUUUUCUUUUUCUUUGAAUAUAUAUUUAUACUUUUUUUAUAAUGUAUAAAGUAUUGCAUAUGGAUCAUACCUGACCACAAAUCCUUGGUCUAUCUGUCUAUAUAUGUGAUUAAACUCUACAGCGUUUCCAGGUCUUAUUUUACCUUGAAUACGUACAUUUUAGUCUUAUAUUUCUCUUUUCUUGUGGAAGUAAGAAUAGUUGAAAAAUAAAUAUAGA